UUUCUCCUGACUUCGAUGGCUCCGUCUGACAAUCGUUGGCGGUCUCUUAUCUCUUCCAUCAUUUCCCAUUUCACGCGUCGACCGACGUUGUAGAUCUUAACCAUGGCCGACAGCCUCGCGCAGGCGAAGUACGAUAUUAAAGAACAGCCGGAUUCUCAACAUGAGCACAAGGAGCCCAGCGAAGGCUCGACUUCCGACGCCGAAAAACACGCUGGUCGUGACAUAUAUCCCGUGCCGACGGAAGAUCAAGAAUAUGUGGUCACGAAAAAGACCUGGCUGGUCGUGAUGACACUUGCGUUCUCAUAUGGUGUCUCAUUCUGGCCGGUUCCGUUCUUUUCAACGAUUCAGACGCAAAUUGUCACGGAAUUUGGGACGUCGCCUCGAUACGGAACUUGGUUCACGUCCGUCUACAUCAUUCCGGUGGCCAUCAUAUUCAUGAUAUGCGGCGCGAACAGUGAUUUGUUCGGUCGACGUUGGUUUAUCAUCGGAGGCAACAUCUUCGUGUUCGUUGGAUCGAUCGUCGGCGCGACCUCGCAUAGUCUCGGACAAUCAAUCGCCGCACAUGUUCUGCUUGGUAUUGGGGCUGGAAAUUGUCAGAUGGCUGCCUUUGCACUCCCCGAGCUUCUCCCCAACCGAUGGCGACACAUUGGCGUGGUCCUCGCAGAUGGUGCGGCAUUCUUCUGCGUCAUCGCCGGCCCAGUCACAGCAAGAGUUGCCAUUCGUCAUGGUGAAUCGUGGCGCUGGGGAUACUGGAGCAUGGCAAUAUCAAUCGCCUUCUCCUUCGCGAUUCUCUUCCUCUACUACUAUCCUCCUCAACACCCGCGAGGAACUCCCUGGGACCAGGCUCUCCGCACGUUGGACUGGGUCGGAAUUCUCACCUUCACCGCCGCGGCAGCGAUGAUUCUCACCGGAAUUGUCUACGUCCAGCUUGUUCCCGCCAACGCUCCACGCGUGAUUGGUCUGCUCGUCGCUGGCUUCGCGUGCCUGAUCUUCUUUGGGCUGUGGGAGACAUUUGCGCCGCUGAAAGCCCCCCUAACGCCCACCCGACUGUUUACCAACAACAAGGGACGUACUUUGAGCGCCCCGUUCGUUGUAGGGCUCGUUACAACGAUGUAUUACUUCGGACUUAACUUGUUAUGGGGCGAAAUGAUCUCGUACCUGUUCACGACGCCAACGACCCCAGUAACGCACAUCUACUGGCUCGCAACAGUACAAGGAUUUGGCACUCUCCUCGGUGGCCUCUUGUUGUCCUUCCUUGGGAACCAGGUUCAACACUGGCGGUGGCAGAUGGGACUUUCGGUCACGUGGAUGACUUUUUGGGGCGGGCUUCUCGCCUACACAACUCCAGCCAGGGAAGGACUAGCAAUCGCCUUCGCGUUCCUAUCUGCUACCGGUUUCGGGUGGGCACAGUACCUCUCGAUCACAUAUAUCCAAUUCGGCGCCGACCAAACCGAACUCGGGAUUGCGGGUGGACUCGCCGGCGUAGCACGCGAAGGAGGCGGCGCGAUAGCCGUCACCGUCUUCCAAACGAUCCUCGUCAGCGUGCAAUCGAAUUACGCGUCCUCCCAUGUCGUACAGGCGGCUGAAAAGGCCGGAGCUUCGCAGAAAGUCGCAGAGGCUGUUGCCGCUGCGCUCCCUCUCGGCACCGUCUCCAGCGUCAAAGGCGUAACGACUGCCAUUGCUACUGCGGCUGGAGCAGCCUUCACCGAGAGCUACGUGCAUGGUCUCAGAACUGUCGCCCUCACGCUUUGCGGCUUCGGAGGCUGCGCGAUGAUUGCUUGCUUGUUCUUGGAGGAUAUAGGACCCAAGAUGACGAGGAAGAUCGAAAUCUUCCUCGAAAACACGUCGGAGGCGCACAAGAACAAGUACCAUUGAUUCGCUGACUGUUAUGGAUUCACUCGCGAUUAGAAGCAGCUACGUAGCAAGGCAAUCCCUUCCAACCAGAUGCGAGCGAUU